CACUGCCGCAUACAGGGUUGUGAACCAGCGUGCUGGAAGCCAACCGAUGAUCUCAACUUAGUUUCCUUCCCAGACUCACGGAGAGCCCAAAAAAAAUUCCAAUGAUCUGCAUGCACUUAUAAGAUAGUCGAGAAUGUAAGCGUGCUCUCUCGGAGUAUGUCUUGAUGUAUUUUGCGCCAUUGGGCGGAGGCAUCUCAGAGGUAAAGCAACAACCAUGUCGUUUAAACACAAAGGGAAUCGAUUCCCAUUGUAGAUUUGUUGCAGUUCUUCGUGGGCUGGGUCCAGGGGUAUUGUGUGUAGUUUGUACACCCCAGACCGACCAAGAUGUCCACGAAGGAUCAGGAAUAUCCGGAGGCGACCCUGGUUAAGGAAGCCGGACCCCAGUGGGCCCAUGUGGAGAUCGAACGUCUUUCCCGGGAGUUGCGGGAAACCACCCAUGAGAAGAUCCAAGCUGCGGAGUACGGCCUGGCGGUGCUCGAGGAGAAACAACAGCUCAAACAGCGAUAUGACGAGUUGGAGACCGAGUUCGAAACAGUUCGACAAGAACUGGACCACCUAAAGGAGGCCUUCGGACAGGCCCACCACACCCACAGGAAGGUGGCGGCGGAUGGGGAGAGCCGGGAAGAAUCCCUCAUGCUGGAGUCCGCCAGCAAGGAGGCCCAGUACCAGCAGAAGGUCCUGGAGCUGCAGAACGACCUCCGGCAGGCCAAGGCCUCGGUGGCCAGCACGCAGGCCGAGAACGACCGGCUGGUUUCCGUCGCGCUCGAGGCUAAAGAUAGCUCUGAGCAAGUGGAGCUGCAGCGCAUUCAGAUGCGCGAUGACAUCAGGGAGUACAAGAUGCGAGAGGUCCGGUUGCUGCAGGACUACAGCGAGCUGGAGGACGAGAACAUCUCCCUGCAGAAGCAGGUGUCGGUGCUGAGGCAGAGCCAGGUGGAGUUCGAGGGCCUGAAGCACGAGAUCCGGCGGCUGGAGGAGGACUCCCAGUGCCUGCAGAGCCAGCUGGAGGAGGCCGUGCGUCUGCGGGAGAUCGCCGAGCGCCAGCUGGCCGAGGCCCUGGAGACGGUGAAGACGGAGCGCGAGCAGAAGGCCUCGCUGCGCAAGGAGCUCUCCCACUACAUGACCAUCGGCGACUCCCUCUACCAGGGCUCCUGCAACGUGUCCGUGGACAACCUCAAGCUGGCCGACGACCCGUUCGGCGGCGAGGGGGACGGCCGCGACCUGCUCCGGGGCCUGGAGAACGGCCUGGCGUCGCUCUCUAUGUCGACGCCGAGGAAGAAGGGGGAGUUGAUGAAGCCGGCGCCCAGCCUGGUGGACGACCUGCUGAGCGAGCUCAACAUCUCGGAGAUCCAGAAGCUGAAGCAGCAGCUCACGCAGGUGGAGCGGGAGAAGAUGUCCCUGCUCGGCUCCCUCCAGGACCUGCAGAAGCAGCUGGAGCACGCCCACGGCACCCUGUCGGACCAGCAGGAGACGGUGGGCCGGCUCACGGAGAACCUGGUGGCCAUGCGCAAGCUGCAGGCCACCAAGGAGCGCCACUCGGCCCUGGACAGCGAGAAGGAGCGCGACAGCCGCGAGGCCGGCGACGGCGACUACUACGAGCUGGACAUCAACGGGCCAGAGAUCCUGCAGUGCAAGUACACGCUGGCGGUGUCUGAGGCGGGCGAGCUGCGGCAGGAGCUGAAGACGCUCACGGCCGAGUACCAGGCGUGCCGCGGCCGCUACGAGGAGGAGCGCGCCCGGCUGGCGGCGGAGGUGCGGGAGCUGAGCGGCGGCCUGGCGGCCCUGGAGAAGAGCAGCCGCGCCGACCGCGAGGAGGUGCUGCGGCUGGAGAAGGAGCUGCGUCUGGUCAGCGCGGCGGCCGGCGAGUCCCUGGGCAGCCUGAACGUGGCGCAGGACGAGCUGGUGGCCUUCAGCGAGGAGCUGGCCAACCUGUACAACCACGUGUGCAUGUGCAACAACGAGAUGCCCAACCGCGUCAUGCUGGACUACUACCGCGAGGGCCUGGCCAGCGUGCGCGGGCUCUCCGCCGCCGAGGGCAAGGAGCAGCACUGGGCCCCCGUGCUGCUCACCAGGGGACUGAUCCCCGAGAACGACCCCGCCCACACUACCACCACCACCGCCGCCGAGGUGUGCCCCGCCCCCGCGCCGCCGCCUAGCCACGCCCACCGGCCCGAGCCCAUGAACAUCUACAACCUGGUGACCAUCAUCCGCGACCAGAUCCGCCACCUGCAGCAGGCGGUGGACCGCACCACGGAGCUGUCGCGCCAGCGGCUGGCCAGCGCCGAGAUGAACGGCGUGGGGGACCAGGACAGGGACGCCUGGAUGGGGGACAUCCUGAAGCUCAAGUCGCUGCUGAGCACCAAGAGGGAGCAGAUCGCCACGCUGCGGACGGUCCUCAAGGCCAACAAGCAUACAGCUGAGGUGGCGCUGGGAAACCUGAAGAGCAAGUACGAAAACGAGAAGGCCGCGGUGAAGGAGACCAUGACGAAGCUCCGCAACGAGCUCAAGACGCUGAAGGAAGACGCCGCCACCUUCUCCUCACUGCGCGCCAUGUUUGCGACGAGGUGUGACGAGUACGUGACCCAGCUGGACGACAUGCAGCGGCAGCUGACGGCGGCCGAGGACGAGAAGAAGACCCUCAACUCCCUGCUGCGCAUGGCCAUCCAGCAGAAGCUGGCCCUCACGCAGCGGCUGGAGGACCUGGAGUUCGAGCACGAGCAGGCCCGCCGCACGGCCGCCGGCAUCGGUCCCGCCGCCGCCGCCGCCGUCAGGAGCAAGCCCAAGGGGAAGGGGGCGCCGGCGAGCCACCGUAGGACCGUGCACGGUGGCUUCGGGGCGUCGUGAGACUCCCUGCCCCCCCGCAGACCCCACCACUGCCCACCUAACCACCUCUAAAUGACUUGAAGGUCCAACGUCACUAUGAAGGUCCGGCUGUCAGCGCGCGCACACGCGCGCGCGCGUGUGUGUGUGUGUGUGUGUGUCGAACAUGCACACGCCCAUGGUGUCUGCGGGGAUGUAACCUGGAGGUAAAGACAAAGGCAGAGGUCAAGACACAUUAACAUUUCUGCCCUGGCUAGCGACAUGGAGGGGAUAAAGAAUAUAUCUAAAUAACACCACAAUGGCUUUUCCAUAUUUAUUUUUUAAAGUUUAUUUUGUACAAAGAAAUUGUUGAUUUAUUUUGAACGGGGCUGAUGAACCAUGAAACCUGUGCUGUUUUAAAGGUAUCUUCCAGAAAGAUUCUGACACAAAGAAUCAAGGGAUUAAUUUGGAUUUCAAUGUCCACCCCUCUCAGUUAUUUACCUUUUUAGCCUUUGAUUUAGGUGUGCCUUUUUGGACUAUUUCUUUCAAGGAAGAAGAAAAUAAAGAGUACAGAUGUGAUGUUACGCAAGGGUGCGAAUACAAUUUCAGGGUCUUAACCAGCUUCUGUUCAAUAAGACAAUUAGUAUUUUGCCUUAAAGACACAUUGUUCUUCGAAGGUAUUGUUAAGUAUGUGUGAUGGGACUUAGGAAAAGAAUAAUGCAAAAUGUAUAUUUAUAUAUGCAAGCUUUAUAAUUUAAAGUCAUGUGAUUAAGUUAAUAUUCGUCAUCAAUGCUAAGUCAUAAAGAAAUGCUAAUGUUUUUGUUUUACUGCAAUGUUAAAAUCUACUACAAUGCCAAGCAAUUAUGGAAGAUAACAGCAUCUUCAUAAGCAUGCAGUGCCAUUUUUUGUCUUUUUUUUAUAAAGUGCAAUUUAUAUCAAGAAUUUAUUAAUAAUUUGUCCCAUUUAAACCAUUGUACGUUUUCGCUCACAUUUGCUCACCUAACUAAGUUGUAUAUGAUUUUUAUUUUAACCUUUCAAGUAUCUAUUUAUUUAAUACAAUGUCAAAUUGUUACAAGUAUUGGUGCCUUUUGUUUCAAUGAAGACUUGGGUGUGAUGCUUGGUGAAAUAUUCAACAUACAAUAACUGUGGUAACACGCUGCUAUGGUAAAUGCCUUAGCUGGUGUCCCUGCUUAGUUAUAGUUUAUAACUAAUGCAAAUAAAUAAAUCUCACUGUUCAAGA